AUGCCGCCGGGUCCAAAGUCAACAGACGAGAGGCAGUCAUUCCGUGAGUUAUUUACAGGGGUUGUGUUCGACUUCCUCACUGCAUGGGACCGCUUUACGGGCAGUUCUACCAUUAUGGUUCACACCAACAGUACUCAGCGGCCUGGCGCGGCUGUAGCUCCAGAGCAGGUCAAGGUCAUAUCCUACUUUUCGCCGGGCCUUCAAUCCGAGUUGCCCGAGACAUCGUACACUAUCGCACGCAUCAUUCAACUAUUUAUAGAGGGGAUGGCGAUACCUGCAAUUGAACGUUCACACGAUUGUGAACCUUAUCGUGCACGCACACUCAUUCCUUCCCCAACUCGCGGCUCACUCUACACCUUCUACGGUCAUCCAUCUGGUGUGCUCGAGACCCUCAUACUGGACUUGCAAGGUGGAGGAGUGUCGGCUCUUCCAGUUGCUGGUGGGUCAGUCAUCACAGAGCAGGUAGAGGUACAGCCAGAGGAUGAAGCUGCGGAUGAGUCCAGCCAGUAUGACGACAAUGCCUGGUAUGAGCGUGCACAAGCUAGCGGUGUCCUGGAGUUGGCAGAGACAAAUGGGUUACUCAAAGUGCAUGUUUCGGAGCUGGAGAAACUAUCUCAGCGACAGCAAGCCACCCUGUCUAAAGUUUGGGCAGUACAUACACUACCGGGAGCCCUUUCACCACUUUGGCAUGUAGCUGAUCCAUCUUCGCCUUCCCCAUCUGCCAUGUCCCUGACCCGGCCAUCUGUUUCGUCGCCAUCACGUCCAUCUCGCAUUCGUAGUGCUACUCCGUCAACUCCUCGGCAGCACCAUCAGACUGCUAUCACCAAUCCAUCCACCCCACCACGAUUGAGUGUAGACUCUCCUCUGGUACGCACAUAUUCACUUCCACCCCUCAUGAACACUAUGUCGCCAUCGCUGUCAUCUCCUUCCUCAAUCACCCAUUCGUCGCGCUCGGCUUCACGUGAGUACAUGGCAACUACCGAACAUCGGCCUAUUGAGGCAUUUGGGCCUGCGACCGAUGCUGUCAUGUGUUCGCAUGACAUCCCGGCCAUCAUGCACAACAUGCUAUGGCACGUCGAGAGGACGUCUGCGACCUUGGCUUGGCAAUUGGAUAUUGAACAUCACCUCCAGAUCGCACCGGAUGUUGCAGCAGAGUUGGCUCGUGCAAUGAUAGAGGAUUUAUAUGCUUCUCAGACCACUGGUUCUGCAUUCCAAACCUCUCCCGGUGUGGCCACGAGACCCAUCGCUCCUGCCAAAUGCCGCAUCCCACCACGUGUUGCUUCAUCCGUUCUCAAAGACAUGGUGAACAAGUCUCAAGAGAAGACAGCGGCACUUGAAGCUGACCUCACAAAGUGGUAUGAUGACGCAGUGACAUACUCAAAGACACUCUCCGACAAGUAUGGCAAGAAGAGCGAGUACUACCUCCACAUGAUGUUUACAGGAGGUGCAAGCCUGCAGAACCGCAGGAAGACAACUGCAUUCAACUCGUGGUCUCACCAUUUGGCAAAGACUGCCAAUGAAGGUGUUCUGGCAGGGGAGGGCUCAAAUAUACUCGAGUUGCAACAGGAAAAUAUUGAUGAUUAUCACAGUCUCACCACAGCUCAGAAGGCAGAGCUAGUUCAAGAACUCGAAAAAGAGAAAACAUCAUGCAUGGUCGGGCUGCGCCUUAAUCAGUGUGGCCGUACUCAGGAUGUUAACAAUGUCUGCAAGAAGAUCAAAGCCCUUCUCCAUGGUUUGAAGUGCCGUGUCGGUGUGGAGGGCUUCUUCUGCCUUGUGCGCAACACGACCGACUUCCACAUGCCCCCGCGCUGGUACUUCAGCUCGCAGGAACUCGAUAAGUACCUGCGUGGUGCAAUCAAGAAGGGUUGGGACCCUGCCAAUAUCGGUGCAUUGGCAGAGGCCCUUGCAGUGGCCAGCUGCGAUUUUAUGUCUUUCCUGAGAACUUCGAAAUCAAAGGCCGACUGGUUGAAGGGAGAAAUUCGCGACAAGAUCAAUACCAUGCUCGUGGAGAUCACCGGGAACAGCAAAGCGGUUAUGAACUACGUCAACUAUGAGAGGGAUAUCGUACUCAAAUACGGCAUCACGUUGCAAGGAUGGACUCACGAGAAGUGGGCGAACCCCUCUGACCUCAGCACCAGCCUUCUUCCUCUUCGUACUCUCCUGGCAGCACUGGAGAGUGGCACCUGCAAGUUUGAACAACUGACAUCGGAGGAGCUGAAGAAGAGGACAGAGGAAUAUGAUCAGAAAGUAGCUGCAGGAGAGGCCGUCGCUCGAAAGAAGAGGAAGGAUACAGGCGGGAAGCAUGCUGGGAUGAGGCGGAAGCAUCGCGUGGAGGCUGAAGAUGCAGAUGCAGAUAUGGAGGAUGACGACGAUGACGAGGUAAAUGAGGAGGAGGUGCUGAGUGCCCGCACCGGUGAGAAGAGGCCCUCCAAUGAUGCAAACACCAGUGAGCAGAGGCCCUCCAAUGACGCAAACACCGGUGAGCAGAGGCCCUCCAAUGACAUGAACACCGGCAAGAAGAGGCCCUCCGAUGAUGCAAACGCCGGCAGCAGCAAGAGGUGGCCUUUGAAACGUCGACGCAAGACAAGUUCACGCACCCCAAAGAGCACGGAGACCAUCCCGAGUGAUGCGGACGACUGA